AGGUGCAGCCGACAGAAUGAAACUGUUCCUGGUCACCGUGAGCGCCGCCCUCUUGUGCUCACACGCCUUCGCGGCGAGUAGCUAUUUGGGACUUGCCCAGGGAACGCCACUCGGAGGAUUUUCGCAACAUGGCACUCUUCACGGUGGCUUGAUUCCCAGUGGCAACGGUGCAUCCCUUGUCAACCACGGACUUCCACUGGGACAUUUGCCGGGACCGAUAUACGGGAGUGGAGGGUACUUAGACUAUGCAUACGGGACUGGUGCACGCUUUGGAUAUCCAUAUGAAAAAGCAAGGUUUCUCAAAUAUUUAUACGGAAACCCCCUUGGCCUUGCCAACCCAUACGGUGCUCUAAGAAAUGUCAGAGUCGGUGGAGUGAACGCGGCUGAGGAUGAAACAUCGUCUACCUCUGGAGCAGGUGCUACAAAUGGCGCAGAUUUCGAUUCCCUUAUGUUCCUGGACAUCACGACUCUCUUUCUGCCUUUAGUGGAAUCCUCCCUAAUGUUGGAGCUGCAGGCCAAUUUCCGUGGACCUCACACUCCCCUUCCUGCUUCAACUGGAUUCCACGCAUGUUUUGGCCCUUACCCUUCGCUUGCAGGUCUGGGUGGACUGUCUCCUUAUAUUGGACCGUACGCUGCUGGUGCUGGUUUUGGCAGAUUCAACACUGCUUUUGGACAAAAUAUCCCAAGCGAUGCUUUAAGGUAUCGUUCCUCACUCAACAUGUCUUCAGGGAACAUGAACAACCAGGAAGCACAGGAGGAAUAA